CACCAUCAAAAUACGUGUCCACUUCCAUUUUCGUACACCGGAUUAUAGGAUUCGACGCUGAACAUGUGACUCUUAACCAAGAUUCUUCGCCCUUUAUCACUGAGCAUUUGUUAUCAUUUACGAUCAGCGAAAACAAGCGGAUCUCGAUCCAGGACAACAUGACUGCAGACACCGAACUGGAGUUGAAAGAGGCGUUUCAACGCGCCCAGAAGAGCCACAACAACAAGGCUAAGCUGGUCGCUGGCCUGAAGAGAAGCUACAGCAAGCUUGAAGACAAGACUCUGUUCCACGAGGAGUUUAUCCACUACCUCAAGUAUGCCAUGAUCGUCUACAAACGGGAACCUGCAGUCGAGAAUGUCAUUGAAUUUGUGGCGAGAUUUGCGUCGAGUUUCCAGUCUCAGCCAAAAACUGAGGAGCAGGAUGAGGAAGAGGACCAGGCGGAGGAUGAAGAGGAGGAUGAGGAUCAUCCUUUUUUGAGUUUCAUCUUUAACUUUUUACUGGAGUCUCAUAAAGCAAGCAGCCAUGCAGUGCGCUUCCGUGUCUGCCAGCUGAUCAAUAAGCUGCUGGGGAGUAUGGCAGAGAAUGCCCAGAUAGACGACGACCUCUUUGACAGUAUUCAUCAGGCCAUGUUGAUCCGCGUCACAGACAAGUUCCCCAACGUUCGGAUUCAGGCAGCAUUAGCAAUGACACGCCUGCAGCAGCCCGCCGAUCCUGACUGCCCAACUAUCAAUGCAUACAUGUUAAUCCUGGAAAACGACUCAAACGCAGAAGUACGUCGUGCGGUCCUUUCUUGCAUCGCCAUGUCUCCAUGCACCCUUCCAAAAGUCAUCAAACGCACCAGGGAUGUGAAGGAGAACGUCCGCAAGUUAGCCUACCAGGUUCUGGCGGAGAAGGUCCACAUCAAAGCUUUGAGCAUUGCUCAGAGAGUGAGUCUCCUGCAGCACGGUCUCCAUGACACCUCUGACGCCGUGAGGGACAUGGUUUGUUCCUGUCUACUGCCGGCCUGGCUUCAGCGUCUGGGUGGAAACAUCAUCGAGCUGCUCCACCGACUUGAUGUGGAGAACUGUGCCGAAACGGCCCUGGACACCCUCAAAGCUGUUUUCGGGGCCACCCCGGCCAAUCAGCUGCUGCAGAACAAACCCGAGCUUGACAACAGGAAACUGAUCCCUACUCAGGCCCUCACCUGCGAGAACGUUCUUCUGUGGCGAGCGCUCUGUGAGUUCAUCAAGUGUAAAGGGGAUGAAGGUGAUGAGUUGCUGGAGCAGGUGUUACCUGAUGCCGCCACCUAUGCUGAGUAUCUCUUCGGGUAUCUGAAAUCUGUGCCGGCACUGACCGAAGAACAGAGGGCUGACUUCAGCCAGUUGGAGUUGGUCAUGAUCAAAGAGUUCAUCUCGCAGCAGCUCAUCCACCUCAUCGGCUGCCUGGACACCAACGAAGAGGGGGGCAGGAAACGUGUUUUGGCCGUGCUGCAGGAGAUGCUUGUUCUGCCGCAGACACCAUCUUCUCUUGUUUUCUUACUCGCACAGAAGCUAAUCUCACUGGUUUCUGAUGAUCAGAGACGAAUACAACUGGUGGCUGAAAUCAUCUCAGACUUGAGGGAACCCAUGAUGGAGCCUCCUCAGCAGGUAGAUGAGAAUGAGAGCCGACGGCAGCAGGUUCAGUUGGCUGGAGUAAAAGUCCAGAUCAUCGAGGUGAAACAAACUCUGGAGGAGUGCAUCGCAGCUCAGGAUUUCAGCCGAGCCGCAGAGCUGAAGGAGUCUCUCACCGAGCUGGAAAAGCAGAGGGACCAACUUGUCAAGGAAAUCUCAGAGAGCUGCCAGCCUGCCGACAUGGACGUCCGGACCGAGAAGAACGACCCAGAGACUCUGCUGAGGUGCCUCACCAUGUGCGCCGAGCUGCUGAAGCAGAUGAGCAUCAAGACCCGAGUCGGACCCACCCUCAACGCCUUGAUGUCUUCUCUGAUUCUGCCCGGGAUCGCAAAUUCACACCCCUCUGUCCGGAACAUGGCAGUGGUGUGUUUGGGGACCUGCACUCUGCACAGCAAGGAACUGGCCAAGACUCACAUGGUUCUGCUGCUGCAGAUCGCUCAGCUGGACGAGGCGAAGAUUCGGAUCAGCGCCCUGCGAGCCGUGGUGGACCUGCUGCUGCUUUUUGGUUUCCAGCUGCUGUCUGAGAACCCUGCGGGUCAGAAAGCAGCACAGCCUCAGUCACUGGGGGGUCCAGAGGAGGACCUGGCACAGGGAGAGGAUACGGCCCAGAGCAUUGUCAUGAUGUUGUCAGAGUUCCUGGACGAUGAGGCGUCUGAUCUGCGUACAGAGACGGCCGAGGCACUCGCUAAGCUGAUGUAUACGGGUCGCAUGUCCAGCGCCAAGAUGCUGUCGCGCCUGGUGCUGCUGUGGUACAACCCAGUCACAGAGGACGACAUCAGACUGCGACACUGCCUCGGGGUCUUUUUCCAGCUCUACGCCCGCGAGAGCAGGGUUCACCAGGAGGUGGUGGAGGAGAGUUUCCUGCCCACACUCCGCACUCUGAUGAACGCUCCGGCCACUUCCCCGCUGGCUGAGGUCGACGUUAACAAUGUGGUCGAGCUGUUUGUGGAGCUGACGCGUUCCAGCGCUCUGAUGAAGCCCUCAACAAACACUGAGGGGGCAUGUGUGCACGACUACUUGGCAGCUAGAAUCUGCGGUGAGAUGCUGAAGGACCCGACAGCUCCAGAAGUCCGUCUGUACGCCAAAACCUUGGGCAACUUGGAGCUGAGCACAGACGAGAUGGUCAGGAAGGACUUGCAGAUGCUGCUGCAGGAGUUGGUGCAGGUUGUGAAGGACCGCAUUUGUCUGCGUGCUCUGGAGAAGAUCCUUUGCAAUCUGGUGGAUUCUAAAGAACAAGCUGAGCUGCUGAGUGCCACAGCCCUGCAGCCACUGGACGUCAACACAGACGAUAUCACAAAUGAUGAGUUGGCUAAAUCUGCCAAGAGACCCAAAAGAGGUCCGAAUAAAGCCUGUGCAGCCAGAGGAGGACGGAAGCCGAGCAGGAAGGCAGAGUCUUCAGAAGAGAGUGAUGGAGAGAAUGUUCCGGAGGCAGCUCCCAACCUCCGCCCGUCGCGGAGGGCUAAGACUGCAGCUCUGGAGAAAACCAAACUGGAUCUGAACCCGCUCAUUAACCAGGAGGCCAACGUAUCGUAAAAGUCUUUUUUUGACUGAUGACAGUGUUCUUUGAUUCUGAUCCAUGUCUCUUGCUUUACUACCUUCUGGAUUUUCUAUUCUAUUUUCUAUUCACUUUUACUACUUUCAUUAAGUCUCA